AUGGUUGGCAUCGCCGGUCGGAGCCGACGCUGCAAGACCUGUCGAAGGCGCAAGGUCAAGUGUGACGAAGGACGCCCCGUUUGUGAUCGCUGUAAGAAAGGGCUUUUUCAAUGCGAAGGCUACCGUGCUUUUCCGGUGUUUGUGAACAGAACUGCGCAAGAACCUCGUUCUUCAGCGCCAGACCGCCAGCUCAGCACGCCUGCCUUUCUGCUGCGAAAUAACCUGAGCCAGGAUGAGGAGAAUCUAUUUACUUCCCACCUGCUGGCGAGUCUCUUCACCGAAGCUGUCGACAGCCAUGCCUCCCAGGUUUCUCCCUGGGUGGUCUAUGCCAUGCAGCACAGCGGUCCCAAUUGUGCCGCCUUACAAGCCCUCGCAGCGGCUUACUUUGGAAAAGUGCACCACCAUCAAAGCGCCCUGCGGAAGGGAGCUUUGCUAUAUAUCGACGCUCUUCGCGGCCUGCGUCGAGACCUCCAUGCACUCCACACCGUAGAUGCCACCACGUUGACGAACGCCUUGUUUCUGGCCAUUUACGAGUCGGUGACCUUCAACGAUCCAGCGGGCUGGGUGACGCAUUUUAUUGGGAUUGGACGGCUGAUCGAAGCAAGGGGCCCGUAUUGCCACCAGACAGGCUUGGAGAAGGAGAUUUUCCUGGUGACCAGGAGCAUCAUUGCUAUCGGCCACGUCGUGGAAAGGAAGCGUUGCUUUCUGGAACAGGACGUGUGGAAAACCACCCCGUGGGCGCUGAGCCCAGCGUCAAAGUCUGUUAUGGACUAUUUGCUCGAUAUUCUGUGCGAUAUCCCCGGCAUUCUGGAAGAUGCAGACUUACUACAACAGAAUUUUGGCUCCGCAUCUGAACUACGAGGGAUAGUCUGCCAGAGACUGGGUUCCCGGGUUAACGAGAUCUGUGUCUACGAUGCCCUCCUGCUCAUUCUCUUUCGGCUGGGCAAUUCCCUUUCUCUGCCACUUGUGCCUCUGCAGCAAGAUUUUCGUCUCCAGAACCAUUCGACCAGCCUGCUUCUACCAGGACAGGGAACCGUCAAGGACAUUGCCCACGAAAUCUGUAGAAUGGUCCCCUACGCUCUGCUGAGUUACCGAGGCAAUGCUGGCGCGUUUAUGCUGAUGUUCUCCCUACAAGUCGCCUAUCGGAGCGUGGAAGAGAACUCUGAAGAGGCGCAGUGGCUUGACUGGGUCAUCUCACACAUCGCCGAAGUGCGCGGGUUCGGGGCUGUGAAAUACGAGCCACAGACCCUGAGACUCAUGCGAUCACUCUCAGCAGCUUCACGACAGGGCCACUUUGAAGCCAACGGUGUGGCUUGUCGCUGA